AUGAAGCCCUCAAAGACUCCCGAUCUCUCCCAGACAACUUUAUCAACCCUCCUUUCCCAAUCGCAAUCCCAACAAAUCCUCUUUCGACCACACGCCCACCUCGCGCUCUCCACUCGUCUGGACUGUCUCACUCCAAAAUCGUAUAUACCUUUCCUCGAAUACUCUUCCUCUACGGGAAAUCAUCUGAUCUCAAGUAGUACAUAUGAGAUCCAUCCUGGAGUAUACCUUCGACAUACAGUAGUAAAUCACAUUUUGAAAAAACCCAAGCAAACUUGUAUACCUACAUUACCUACGAUCGAAGAAACAAAAGAAGGUGCAUGGCCUGACCAGAGAACUCCUUGGAUAUCCGCAUCUGAAAAUUUAUUUUGGACAAUAUGGGAGAUGGCUAAGAGGUUGGCUGUUCCUGAAGGUGAAUUAGGUUGGGUAGGAGGUGCGCAGAUGGCUAUUGUUAGACAUCCCAAAUCCUAUGAUUCUCAUCAUCAGUUGAAUCGAAACAACAUUAUCUCCUUGGAAGAUGAGGGAGAAAAAGGAGAUUUAAUUGAUAAUCGAUCUGAAACAGAAAGAAUUAAACACGAGAAAUCCACACCCACACCGAGACCUCGAGAAGUAUGGUUAAGACCUACCAAUGUACUAUCACCCCCUACGUACCCUGGCGAAAUGUCAUUAUCCCUCAAGGAGAGUUACGAAGUAUCAAGAAAGAUGGCUUCGCAAAGUGGGGAGAUCCUCUUCUUCGGUAGGAUCUGGGCGGAGAACGUACUGAGCAAUUUGGAAUGGACUUGCGAGAAAACGCCAUUUCCCCUUCCCGCACACCUUUUCUUACCCACUUACGAUCCACUCGAUCUUACUCAACGAUGGAUCGAUCAACUUCUGUGGAACCCGAGGCACGAGGAUUAUCUGAUCGCUCAUGGGAAGGUGAUGAGUAACAGAAGGGAGCAGAGUGGUAAAAGAGGAGAAUGGCCCAAAGGGCCAUUAUAG